GUUGCCACUUAAAUAAAUUAUUUUAAAGCUGCCGUGUGUUUACUCCUUUUGCUAUGGAAAUCUGGAUUUUUAUUUGUGCUGUAAUUUUUGUCAUCAUUUUGGUUCUUUGGAAAAAGCGGUGGUUGUUGUAUCAUGCUUGGAAAAUUCCUGGACCAUACUCAGUGCCCCUCGUGGGAAGUGCGUUCCUGUUAUCGGCAACAAAAGAUAAUUUUUUUGACCUGGUUUGUGGAAAGAUGGACUCCUGGAGACCAGUUACCAAAUUCUGGGUAGGCACCCAGUUGUACAUACCGACCACGCGACCGACAGAUGUAGAAAAGAUAUUAACAAACUGUCUAAACAGGUCACCUUUCUGUGACAAUUUUAACGACAUAAUGAAAGACACACUGCUGACUUCAAAAGGAAGUAUCUGGAAAGAACAUCGGAAAAUGAUCAAUCCCUCUUUUAAUUCGAAAAUCUUGAAUUCGUAUCAUGAUACCUUUGUUAAAUGUUCAAGAGAAAUGGUGAAGAUUUUAGAUGACAAAGAAGGCGUCGAACAAACGGAUUUCCUUCGAGUUAUUUGGGAAAAAACAGUUGAUGGAGCUUUAGCAACUUUGACCAAUGUAAAACCGCAUGUGGUGAAGAAACGACAACGUAUUAUUUCAAUCACCGUGAGAUACGAACAAAUACUUAUACAGAGAUUUCAUACGAUUUGGCUUCUCAUAGAUUUCUUUUGGAAAUUAUCCAACUUACACAAGGAGCACAAAAUCCUUUGUGAAACUUCUCACGAAAUUGCCAAAAACAUAAUAGCAGAAGAAUACAUGUCAUAUGAAACCGAAGCCAGAAAUGAUGACACUAUCGAAAGUAAGCGAUUUCUACCAAAUUUGACUAAAUUAAAUCGAACCAAGCAGAUCACCCGUGAAGAAAUUUUAGAAGAAACGAAUUUUAUGAUUACAGUAGCAAGCGAAACGUCAGCACUCACAGUCAACACUGUUUUAACGAUUUUAGGAAUCUACUCAGACAUUCAGGAAAGAGUUUAUCAGGAACUGGUCUCAGUUCUGCCAGACAUGGAGAAGAGUCCAACUCAGGAAGAACUCAAUCGUCUCAAUUAUUUAGAACGCGUUGUUAAAGAAACUUUGAGACUAGUUCCCACAAUUCCUUUAAUUUUGCGAUAUGCUGACGAAGACAUUAAAUGCGAUCCUUAUGUUUUCCCUGCCGGCUCUAACCUUGUCAUUCCCCUGGUGCUACUACACAGAGAUCCGGACGUGUGGCCCGAGCCGGAAAAAUUUGAUCCAGAUCGGUUUCUCCCUGAUGAAGUUGCGAAAAGACAUCGUUGUUCCUACAUUCCUUUCAGUUUUGGUGCCAGAAACUGUAUAGGUCUAAGAUUUGCUAUGAUGGAGGUGAAAAUAAUGGUUGCGACGAUUCUGAGGAACUUCAAACUACAAACUGUUGGUAUGAAAUCAUUUAAGGACAUGCAGUGGGACUAUAUGGUUAUGCUGAAGGCUAAAAAUAGUCGUUUACGUUUCGAAAAAAGAAAAUUUUGAUCACAUGCACUCGGUGCAUGUGUCAGCUCACUUUAUCCAUUUGUAUGAGGGGAAACACUUUUUUCUUUCUAUUUAAUCAUGAGAUAUCACAUUGUGUAGAGUUGAAAAUAAUUGUUAGUGUUUGAUAUUUAAAAAACCAUGUAACUCUAAUCUUUGACUUUUUUUGUUAAUAUUGUUACGUUGAUCGGUGAAUUAAAAUCGG